GUAAAUAAUUAUUUAAAUGGCGUUUCAUGGACGGCUAGUGUUUAAUACAUUUUACAACUCAUAAUCAGACAUAUUAAAGUGUUUACUUAUGAAAUAUAUUGGCAACUCGUGAUUACAGCUGAUUCCGAGGUAUAAACAUUUGUAAAAAAACAACGCCGUAAAAUAAUACAUUUAUAUUCCAACCAUGCGAUUCCCCUCCAAUAAAACACUCGGAAAAAUUGCUGUGUAUGGAGCCUUUGCAUCCAUUACGGGUGUAAUGUACAUGCGUUAUAAAAUUGAGGAUCGCAUUAGGAAUUCAGAAUAUUUCAAGUUAGCGUUAAAAACCUUAAGACAGCACAAGGGCGCUUCCAGCUUACUUGGUGAACCGAUUAAAGAACUUGGCUUCGACUUAAGUGAUAGCAACAAUUUUUCUGAUGGUCAAAAUGCCCAUUUUAUGAUUAAUGUAAAAGGUUUUAAGGAUAAAGGAAAAAUGUAUUUUUGGGCGACACGAACGACUGAAUCUGGAUGGUUUAUUGAUCGCUUGGAAUUAGAGUUGCGCUCCCAACCUGAUAAACGUUUCCUAAUAAAAAAAUUAGAAACUAUGAAAACAACAACCAACGAACAAUGAAAGUAACUUAUGAAAUUGUGCAAUUAAUCAGCGAAACAAAUCUGUUUCAUCACAUUAACACGUAAGGUGUUAACACAUAAAAAGUCAUAAAGAUUUUUUGUAAAAUUUCGGUCGAAUGUAAUAAGCAGUGACAAGUUAAAAUACGACGAUUAUAUUUUUAACCUGUGUGUAUAAUAUGUAGUAUAUUCAAAAUAUAAAUGAAAAUAGUCACUUUCAAUAAAAGUCAUUUGUUUUUGACAAAAUGUAACAAAUUAUUAAAUUAAACUAAAUAUUUA